AUGGAGUAUUUGACCGCCCUCAGAGCGAUCGAUGUACACUUUAGCAUUGGUGGUAAUAAUCUACUGGCUAAGAUACAAGUAAAGCCCUCCCUCAAGGAUGAAAUUAAAGAUGCACAGGCUAAAGAUCCAUAUCUACAGAGGAUGAAAGCUAAGGUGCAAAAAGGAAAGAGCGAUCAAUUUAUAAUCCAAGAAGAUGGUACAUUGUUUAAUGGAAAACGUAUAUGCGUGCCGAACGUAAAGGAGUUGAGAAUGGAAAUUAUGCUCGAGGCGCAUUACGCACCGAAUGCUAUGCAUCCUGGCAGUACCAAGAUGUAUUGGGAUUUGAGACCCUAUUAUUGGUGGCCAACAAUGAAGAAAAAUGUGGCAGAAUUGACUAAAUCUGCACAUUUCCUGCCAAUCCGUCAAAAUGAUUCUUUGGAUAAGCUCGCUGAAUUAUAUGUUUCAGAGAUUGUGAGAUUACAUGGCAUUCCUACCUCUAUAGUUUCUGAUACAGAUCCUCGAUUUACUUCUCAUUUCUGGGGAAGCUUGCAAACGGCUCUAGGUACAAAAUUGCAUUUCAGUACAGCGUUUCACCCUAAGACCGGUGGACAGUCGAGAAAGAACGAUUCAAACAUUCGAAGAUAUGAUGAGAGUCUGCGUAAUUGA